CAGAGCCUUUCUGCAGCUGCGGAGUCCAGUUUGCAGUUUUGCCAGCACUUGGAGAGCCAACUUCAUUUUCUCCCCUGAGAGACAUCUGGACCAGUUGGGCAGCAGCUUUUCCUCAGAUCCUAGUGGGACCAUGGAUCUGUUUGGAGAUAUAGACGACAUUUCUUCUGAGAGUGAUGAGGGCAAUCAACCACCUAUUCCAGGACAGCUGGUUGAUGAACAUGGAGUGCCUCAGGACCAGCAGGAGGAAGAGCCAAUUUCUGAAACCAUAAUAGAAGAAGAAAUUCCCAGUAUCAACUCUGAUUUAGGAAAUGAAUUGUAUUUUGUUAAACUACCCAAGUUUCUCAGUAUAGAACCCAAACCUUUUGAUCCUCAGUUUUAUGAAGAUGAAUUUGAAGAUGAGAAAGUGCUUGACGAGGAAGACAGAAUCAGGUUAAAAUUAAAGGUAGAAAAUACUAUAAGAUGGAGGAUACGCCGGGAUAAAGAAGGAAAUAAAAUUAAAGAAAGCAAUGCUCGGAUGGUCAAGUGGUCAGAUAGAAGCAUGUCCCUGCAUUUAGGCAAUGAAGUGUUUGAUGUGUACAAAGCCCCGCUGCUGGGCAAUUACAUCCACCUGUUUAUAAGAGAAGACACUGGUCUACAGGGACAAGCCGUCUUUAAAUCCAAACUUACCUUUAGACCUCACUCUAGAGACAGUGCCACAUACAGAAAGAUGACCCUGCCACUUGCUAAUAGAAGUUCAAAGACACAGAAAAUUAGAAUCUUACCAAUGGCGGGUCGUGAUCCAGAAGGCCAACACACGGAAGUGAUGAAGAAGAAAGAAGAACGCUUGAGGGCUUCCACUCAUCGGGAGUCUCAGGCAAUCCAUCUGUGGGAGAAGCGCUACCAGGAGGGGCCAAGUGUCUCCUACCAGGAUCCUGGCAGUGACAGUGCAGAGGAGGAAGGCAAGGACACCUUCAGCCUGGCUGCUAUUAAAAACUAUUAUCAAGGUGAACUCCAAGAAAUGCAGGCAAAGUGUCUACCAAAACAGGCUUCACAAAAAAGCACAACUGCUGAAGCUUUGCAAAGGUCAGCGCCCCUGCCGUGACGUUUAUACACAUUCACUGUACAGCUCCUGGAGGGACAGCUGCUGGAAUCACCUGCCUUCUGGAGGGAGGUAAGUAACAGAGCUGGUUGGGGCUUGUUAAGACAGUUUCCAAGGAAAGGAAAAAUGGAGGAUACUUCUGGCUUAGUUUAUGGCUGUUUAGGUACCAGAAAAUUGUAACUUUGAGAGAGUUCAAAUUCUACCACUUAUUUAUUCACUUAAUCCAGUUUUCUUAAGUACCUAUUGUGUGUCAGGCAUGGUUUUAGAAGAGUUGGGAUUCAAUAGUUGGACAUGGCCCCUGCCAACAACAUAGUCCCUGCCCUCAAAAAGCAUAUAGUCUUUGGAAGUCAGACUAUUACAUAUAAUUAGUUUUCUGAGUAAAAGGCAAUUUAAAAAAUAGGACAAAUGCUGUGAUAAGUAGAGGACAUAUGGGGCACACCUGCUUAAGAUGUAUAACAAUGAUGAACUCAGAAACUCAAAUAUCCACUCAACACUGGAGAAACAAGUCAGGGUUUCUGAGUGUGAAAUGCCUACAACCCAAAUCCCAUCAUAGACUAAAUCAGAACCUCUAAGAAAACUCGCUCUGUCACUUUUCUGUAGUGUGUUUUUUGGCAAGUUAGUUAACUUCUUUGAGCCUCAACUUAUCCUGCAUAACAGGAGAACAACAGUAUUUGUACCUCGUGGCUGCGUAGCGCACUAAUGAGAACAUAGUAAACAUUCAAUAGAGCACUUGGCUUCAUUAUCCAUCAAAGUAGGGUUAUGUGAUGGUCGUGAGGCCCUGGUCAACCAUCUUUCUGGGGUGAAGAAAGCCAUUUUAAGCCAAUAAUCUAUGUGUUUUUAAAGCUUUCCAAUUAUUUAUGAAGUCCAGCUAGAACUUCUUUAUGAAGUUCUCUUAAAACACUGCUCUAAGAAGCAAAAUUAAAUGCCUGAAGGAAAAAAUAGAAGCUAACUAGUGAAGCAAUACUAAAACAAUUAGCAUGACUUUGCAAACUACAUUUGGAAUCAACAAUACACCAAAACACACCAAUUUUCUAUUUUCAAAAGCAAGCAGCUAACAUCUCCUCUGGGAAACCACAGUCAUACAAAGGACAGAAAGAGUUUGAGCUAAUAUUUUCCACAGUGAUCUGGAUUAAAGAAAUGAAGUGCUAUUUUUUCCUGCUCCAGAAACUUUUACAGAAUGCAAACUCAAAUAUGGCUGAAGCUUAAGAGAAUGGCAACACGUUGAAAUGUCACUCCUUUUGAGAAGUCUUGUUUUACUUCUUGUCUAAGAGGCAUCUUUAAAAAUACUUCAGGGCAAACAUCUUAAUUUAAAAGAGUCAACCUUUGGAAACAUGUAGAAAUAAAAUUCUAAGUACCAUAUUCUUUAAUUGAGCCUUGGCUGGAAAGUCUAUUUCAAACAGAAGUCACAAGCCUCAAGCAAUUAAAUAGGAACCAUAGGAGAAUGAGAGAUUACUGACCUAGAUGUAUGCAGUGAGAAGACAGUUCCACAACAGUCCUUUUAGGAAGACGAGCAAACACCUACAUACCAGACUAUAAAACCUGGGUGAGGGCCCAGGUGUGGUGGCUCAUGCCUGUAAUCCCAGCACUUUGGGAGGCCAAGGCGGGCGGAUCGUGAGGUCAAGAGAUUGAGACCAUCCUGGCUAACAUGGUGAAACUCCAUUUCUACUAAAAAUACAAAAAUUGGCCGGGCGCGGUGGCUCACGCUUGUAAUCCCAGCACUUUGGGAGGCCGAGGCGGGUGGAUCACGAGGUCAGGAGAUCGAGACCAUCCUGGCUAACACGGUGAAACCCUGUCUCUACUAGAAAUACAAAAAAAAUUAGCCGGGCGAGGUGGUGGGCGCCUGUAGUCCCAGCUACUCAGGAGGCUGAGGCAGGAGAAUGGCGUGAACCCGGGAGGCGGAGCUUGCAGGGAGCCGAGAUCGCACCACUGCACUCCAGCCUGGGCAACUGAGCAAGACUC